UGCUCCCAUCGGCUCUCUUCUGCCGGGGUGCCGUGGCCGUGCCGCAUUCCGCCGUCGUCCUUCGAAGGCAGUGCAUCUCGCGGCUCCUCUCCCGCUCGCGAUACACAGUGACACAGUGUUGAUUGAUACAAACUCGGUUCAGUGCGAAACCAAUUAUGGUCACCGGGGCAGUGAACUCGGCCAACACGUCCACCCCGAUGGGCAGCACCAGCAACACCCCUGUCGCCCCUGCCGGUCUCACCCCGAGUGCGACCGCCAACGGGGUGGAAAUGGCCCCAACUUCGGCGACACCCCGCAGAGGCAGUGAAAAUCGAAGGAGUAACAAGCCCAUCAUGGAGAAACGCAGACGUGCUCGCAUCAACAACUGCCUCAACGAGCUCAAAUCCCUGAUCCUGGAUGCCAUGAAAAAAGACCCGGCCCGUCACUCCAAACUGGAAAAGGCAGACAUUCUCGAGAUGACCGUCAAACACUUGGAGUCUCUGCAGCGACAACAGUCGGCCAUGGCCGUCGCCGCCGACCCUGGCGUCCUCAACAAGUACCGCGCCGGCUUCAGCGAGUGCGCCUCCGAGGUGGGUCGCUUCCUGGGCAGGGGCGACAGCCCCCAGCUGGACCCGCACCUCAAACGCCGCCUCCUGGCGCACCUUUCAAACUGUCUGAACAGCGUCGGAAGCUCCAGCUCGAGUUCGCCGCCGCCACCUCAAGCUCUCAGCUCGUCUCCGUCACCCCCUUCUUCGGAGCACCACGCCCUCGCCACCCCCGUGCAGGUGCAGCUGCCGCCGGGCAUCACCGUGUCGGCCGACGGCCGCCUCCAGGCCGCCCACAACGUCCUGGGCAGCGUCCAACUGGUGCCCACGUGUCUGCCCAACGGCGACAUCGCGCUGGUGCUGCCCUCGCACCAGUCGCACGUUUUCCGAAGCACGGCCGCCCCCGUUUCUCCGUCGCCCUCGUGCGCCAGUUCCGCCUCUUCGGGGGCCUCCUCGUCGCCGCCCCCGCCACCUCUGGCCCCCUUCUCAAGACACCACCCUUCACCCUCGCCGCCCAUCGGCUUCAACCUGUCCAUGCGCAGCAGCAGUGGCUCCAUCAGCCCCAGCAGCAGUACCGGAAGCCACCACUCGGACCUGGUUCGGCCGAUGAGCCCGUCGGACGCCAAACCCCUCUCGCUGGUGACCAGGAGGACCAGUGAGGACGAGGCCAAGUCCUGCUGGCGGCCCUGGUCCAUGGUCUAGCCCCGAAGGCAUUUUAUUAUAACUUUAAGUUCUCUGAUUCCGAGUGCCUUUUUGAUUUAAUCAAUGUAUAAUUAAUUUUCUCGAUUGACUGAUUGGUAUAUAAUUAAUUAUGUUAUGUUGAAGACAGACACAUUACGAUUCAUUUGUGCCUUCUUGCUUGUAAAAAGUAGGAUCCUUGUAUCUGAUUUUUGCGAUAAUACUGUGAUGUACAUAAUUUUAGUUGAUAGGACCCUAGCCAGGAUCGCAUUAUUUUGUUCCGACGUGAAAUUAAUAGUGCCUUAUGACAACAAAAUCACUUAUGUCUUCCAAUUGAACGAUUUGAUUUUUGUUACUUUGUACCAUACAACGUUUUAAUCAUUCAAACAUCGCUUCAUAUAUAUGUAUGAUUUUGUUUUCUCGCCAAAUAAAAGCAGAAGAUUUGAACUUCUUAUUUUAAUGCACUAAUCAGCGAAGAUGAUUAUAUUAUACUGAACGAAAGAAAUAAAGUGUAUCUCUUGAAAAUUAA